UUCACAACAUAAUCAGAAAACGUGUUCGGUUCCGGUGGAUAAAGUUUGAAAAGCGGACCUCCGCGACUGGAGUCUGAUUUUCUGAAUAUAAAUGAAGUGCUGUUGAAUCCACAACCAGGUUUUAGUGAUGUUAAGCAGUUCAAUGAGACACUGCCAUGUUCUGUAGUAUGUUAAUCAUAGUCUAUACUGUGUGGAAAACCGUUUCAUAGUAUCUCAUACCAACAACUGCUUGUCCAAUUCCCUCCUAAAGUCUGACUUCACACGCAAAAGAAGCGAUUUUUUUUAUUGUCUAGAAGUGUUUUAAAAGCAGAACUGUGUGUGUGGCAGAUGCAGCAUGUUCAUUUUCUGAUCCAAAUGACAAUGCUGGUUGUUUUUUGGCUUCUGGCUAUUUCCUCAUCCGCGUAAAACCUGCGUCAUCGGUGUAUUGUGGCUUUUGACACUUUUACAUUCAUCACUGAAAUUGGAAGUCACAAAUAUAGCCCCUGGCCCCUAGCCGAUGUCCAUGAGGAGAUCACUGACUUGACCGCUAGUGCUGGUGUGCGUAAAAGAGAAUCAUCGUUUGGAGCAGCACCGGCUGGCUCCUCACACUUAAGGAAGAAACAAUACGGAGAGUGAAAGUGAGUUGGAGAAGAAAGACAGUGUGGGAGGGUGGGAGAGCCCUCCCCCCGCCAAAUGUCUCGAUGGAUCCACUCCUUCAUAACCCAACUCCUCUCCAGCCUUGUGCAGAUGGCCAAAGUGUCCAAACUGGUCUGUGAAUCUGCUCAAACGGUCACAGGAUGACAAGAUGAGAGCAGGUUAGUUUUCUUUAACACCACAUCCACUGAUUUGUUUUAUUUAGCGCAUAGUGAAAGUCAAAGUGUCCAAACACCCUCUGACUCAAGAGCACUUGGCUGCAUGUGAAUGUCUGCCGGUCUCCCAGCGCACUCCACGCCUGCGCUGGUGAUGCCAUGCCGCGAAGUCACACCGGCGACGACAGCGGCGGCACCGGGCUCUGGCUGAAGACUUCAACGGGACGCCGGGCGCAGGGCUACAGUCUGAAAGAUGUGGAGUGCGGGCAGAGGACGAUGAACAACGCGGUAAGAGUCGGGGACGGUCUCCUGUCUCCUGUUGCGGCAGGUGCGGCGGGAGCGGAGAGGAAGCAGGGCGCCCGGCUCAGCCUGCUGGGGAAGCCGCUGACCUACAGCGCGCAGAGCGGCCGCAGGAACGCGCGUUACCGGCGGCUCCAGAAUUACCUCUACAACGUGUUGGAGAGACCGAGGGAAUGGGCGUUCGUCUACCACGCUUUUGUGUUUAUCCUGGUGUUUGGAUGUCUCGUUCUCUCUGUGUUUUCUACCAUCCCUGCUCACCAGGAAUUCUCCUCGCACUGCCUGCUCAUCCUGGAGUUUGUGAUGAUUGUGGUGUUUGGUCUAGAGUACAUAAUCAGGAUAUGGAGCGCUGGCUGCUGCUGCCGCUACCGAGGCUGGCAGGGACGCCUCCGCUUCGCCAGGAAACCCUUCUGUGUCAUAGACAUCAUUGUCCUCAUCGCCUCAGUUGCUGUGGUUUCAGCCGGUAGCCAAGGUAACAUCUUUGCCACCUCUGCGCUGCGUAGCCUUCGUUUUCUUCAGAUCCUGCGCAUGGUGCGCAUGGACCGCAGGGGAGGGACCUGGAAGCUGCUGGGAUCUGUAGUUUAUGCACAUAGUAAGGAGCUGGUGACAGCCUGGUACAUUGGCUUCCUGGUGCUAAUCUUCUCCUCCUUCCUGGUCUAUCUGGUGGAGAAAGAAUUCAACAAGGAGUUUGCCACCUACGCUGACGCUCUGUGGUGGGGCACGAUCACCCUAACGACCAUUGGCUAUGGUGACAAGACCCCUCAGACAUGGACAGGGCGAUUGUUAUCAGCCGGCUUUGCUCUUCUGGGGAUCUCCUUCUUUGCCCUGCCAGCUGGUAUCUUGGGGUCAGGUUUUGCCCUGAAGGUGCAGGAGCAGCAUCGACAGAAGCACUUUGAAAAAAGGAGGAACCCAGCUGCCAGCCUCAUCCAGUGUGUCUGGCGUAGUUAUGCUGCUGAUGAGAACUCGGUUUCCAUUGCUACCUGGAAGCCUCAUUUGAAGGCGUUGCAUACCUGCAGCCCUGCCAAGAAAGAGCAGGGCGAGACUACUUACAGUCAGAAGUUGAGUUUUAAGGAGCGGGUCCGGAUGGCAAGUCCUCGUGGUCAGAGCAUGAAGAGCCGGCAGACAUCCAUCAAUGACCGCCAACGCUGUUCCCCUGGCAACGAGGUGGUGGGCGGGGCCGAGCUGAUGGGUGGGAGCCCGGCCAAAGUGCAGAAGAGCUGGAGCUUCAACGAUCGGACCCGGUUUAGGCCGUCGCUGAGGCUGAAGAGUCAGACACGCACUGCUGUCCCUGAUGACGCAGGCAUGACCACGGAGGAUUCCUUUGAUGAGAGAGGCUGCCAUUGCGAUGUUACAGUGGAGGAUCUAUCAGCUCCCCUCAAGGCUGUCAUCAGAGCUGUCAGGAUAAUGAAGUUCCACGUGGCAAAGAAGAAGUUCAAGGAGACGCUGCGUCCGUAUGAUGUGAAGGACGUCAUAGAGCAGUACUCCGCAGGACACCUGGACAUGCUCUGUCGUAUCAAGAGCCUUCAGACCAGGGUGGAUCAGAUACUAGGAAAAGGCCAGAUUCCUGUGGAUAAGAAGAUGAGAGACAAGCUGAACCCAGAUGGAGACUCUCAUGAGGGCAUGAGCAUGCUGGGACGUGUGUGUAAGGUGGAGAGGCAGGUUACUUCCAUCGAGUCAAAGUUGGAUUCUUUGCUGGAUGUUUACCGCCAAGUCCUACAGAAAGGCCCCUCGGCACUUACUCUCUCCUCUCUGCCCCUAUUUGAGCUGGACAACCACCAGCACCACAACUCAGACUACCAGACCUCCAUCAUCGGCAGGGAUCUCCCCUCCCCCCAGGGAGGUGAUCUGGUUGGAGGCGGAGGAGACAACAAUGGUGGCAUACGCCGUUCCCUUAACACCAACCCAAGAGGUCUGCGGCUAAUCUUGGCUCCCGCCGAUGAUGAUGGCCCUCCAGAUUCAGCACCUCCAUCCUAUCCCCCGUCCACAGCCUCGCUCUCCCCAUCGCCCCUGCUGCCUCCCGACAGUCCCUACCCAACCCUGGUCACCCCUAAUGGCACCUCUAAAAGAGCACACUUCCCUGACCUGCCACCUCCACCUCCUUCAACAGGAGGUUUUACCCUCCAGUUGCCCCCCAUGGUGCACCCGUCUCACCUCCGAUGCCCCGCUGACCCCGUCCCCGAUGAUAUACCAGAUGGAGUGGUGGCGCACGAGGGGAGCCUGGGCCCCUCUGUUGUUGUGGGAUCCAGUGUGGAUGCUGACCAGGAAGGGGACAGAGAAUCAGGCCCUGCCCAGGGAAGAGUGAAGCUGAGGGAGAAGCCUGGCUUGAAAUCUGAUGGGGUCUGGAGGAGGCACAUGAGCCUCGAGGUUAACCCCUUGCUGCUGCUCUCAUCUAGCCCAGACAAGAGGCCUUCAGACUGGGGAGGUAGUCUGGGGAAAUCCCUCUCCAUGCACAAUCUCAGCCAGCCUUUGACCAACCGUGCCCCUGGUCUCUCCUCCGCACUCAACAACAGCAGCAGCAGCAAUGGUAGCGAACGUGGCAACACCCACGGUGACCUUAGCAACUGGGAUGGAAGAGAACUCUUCAUUAGUGAGUGCAAGCUAGAGCCAGCGGAAGAUCAUUUCAACUUCCUGUCCCAGGGACCUGACAGCAGCCCCUCACAACUUUUGCAGACUGUGGAGGAGGCUGCACCUCACUCCAAGGAAAACUCAGAGUUUCUCAGUCAGUCCCCACACAUACAGUUGGCAUAACCACACACACACACACACACACACACACACACACAUACAAACACACACACACACACACACACACACACACAUAUAGGAUGAUCACGCCAUUCUUGGGGAAGCCACUUUUAAAGUGUUUUUACAGGAUACUAUACCGUUUUUUGUUGUGACUGUACUAUUAAAUGCUUUGUAUAUGGACAGUGUUCAUAUUUUGUCUCAUAUUAUUGUGUCCACUUACAUACUGAUUUUAUUAUGCUCUAUACUUUUCAUGGAGUACUAAAAUUAUGACAUAAAAAAUCCAAAGUAUAAUGAUGUAUAAAAUAUGUAUGAAAGUGGCCAUAGUCAUGUAAGACAAAAUACAUAAAUAAUACACAAGAACAAACCUUUCUUUAAGAUAAAUUGCAUUGAUGUUUAUCUAUUUCUACUCAGAAAUAGUGAUUUUUAUCAACUUUAUAAAAAAAAACAUGUUUUUCAUAUAUCUGAUCACAUAUUACAAAAACAGAUGUUGAUAAAAAAUGGGGUUUAUUUGAAAUUAUGAACAAAGAA